UUCUUCAGGAACAACAAGGCGCCAACUCUUACAACCACCUCGAUAGCUUGCAAGACAACAUACAACUGAAAGAUUGAUUCUUUAGACUAUGUUAAUGUACAUUAGCUAAUGUCAGUGUUUUUAACGCAUUUCGGUUGAUGUAUCUACUGGUUAACUUUAACCUAAUGUGCUUGUUCAAUUUGCAAACUUGUUAAAGAUUGAUACUGGCUAGGCUAGUCGCUAAUGCUAGCUAGCUAACAUCCCUGACCAUGAGCUCACUAAACUGCUCCUCCCUUGCUAAUGAAGAGGAGGUCUGCUGUUUGGAGAAAGAAUCUUUCAGAAUGAAAAAGGAGGAAGAGGAGGCUGUUAUAGUGAAAGAAGAGAACGAACCUUUUAGAGAGGAAGAGGAUGCUGUCUCAAUAAAGGUGAAGAAGGAAGACGUUUUGGGAGUGAAAGAGGAGGAGACAGAAGAUCUGAUUAACACCAGAGAGAGACAUGACUAUGGUGGAUCCUCUGGGGAGCCUCAACAACAUCCUGAUGCUGACGAGGAAGAGAAGAGUCUCUACAGAUCAGAACACCAGAUGGACAACGAUAGACCUUCCUGCCUCCCGGAGUCCCCGUGUCGUGCCUCUCCUGGUAGCACUUUACUGCUGGGUAUGAAGAGGUUGUCUGUGCUGCUGGUGGACUGCAGGAAAACAACGGGGCUGAGUGGAACUGUGAGAGGUAGAGAAGAAAGGAGCAGAUUUAACUCAUCACGAAAACAAAGAAGGAUCCCUAUUGUGUGCAGAUUUUGCAUGAAGAACCAGGAAAAUAUCUCUAUACAUCUCAGCAGAGUGUGCAUGAAGACAGAAUCAAAACAAAAGAUUGAUCAGGAAGUUCGUAAUUCCCGCGAUUCCAUGAUAGACCAUCUUUGGCACGGCAGGAUCAUUGACUACAGAAUACUCAGCUCUAUUGUGACACAACAGGACGCACUCCAACCUCUGAUUAAGAAUCGUGAACAAAUGGGUCAUUUUGUUACGAACAAGCCACAAGACAAACAAAUAACUGGCCAAGUGGAAGUGGCUCAAGUGUUGGCACCAACUACAGAUGAAAAUAUAGAUGAAGACUCAGACGUCAACAUGGACGAUGACCAGUCGGCGUUGUACCAACCACCAUUGAGCCAGUCAUGGGACACCACACUGAGAAAGGGGAUGCAAAGCAGUGGCUUAUACCAAAAGCACCCGCUGGAUUGUGAUCUGCUGGCUGGAUUUGGGAAAUAUCUCCGCUACGACAACAACAUUCCCAAUUUCAAACAGGAGGUUGCAAAUGUGUCAAGGUUUUUGUUUUACAUGGACUCAAACAAACCAUCGCUGGAUUUUCUUAGUAACUUGGAAAAAAGCAGAUCAUUUUUUACCAAGCUUGCAGACAUUGGACAGAAGAAGCAAACCACUGCCAACUACAUGAAGAAUUUGAGGAGAUUUAUUCGCUACAUCAUCACCAUUACAGACAGAGCCGUGUUUGAGCAAUGCAAGCAUUUCCUCCUAUGCUUGAAUGAACUGCAGAAGACCAUGAGCAAGCAGGUGUCUCGGCAAAUUACUGGGAAAAGAUGCAUACAGAUGGUGUCAGUUGCGAAGACACCAAAAGAAUGUUGGGAAAUUUUGAGGGUGGCGAAGAACGAAUUUCUGUGUAUCAUUGGGAAGGCCAUGAAUGAAGAAUCCUUGCUGGAAACUGAACAACUGCAUGUUCUGUACUACCUUGAGUCUCUGCUCAUGCUGAAACAUCUCCAGAGGGCUGGAGUGAUCAAACAUUUGACUCUGAGCGAAUGGCUCUCAAGGAGCGCCUGCAAGUUGCCAGAUGGGGAGAAUUGGACUGUCAUCGGUGUUAAGAAGCACAAAACAGCAACACAGCAAGUUGCAACCAUUUUGUUAGAUGAGGAGGAAGAUGCAUGGUUGGAUGUGUACUACCGACACGUUCGACCAGCUUUUCUUAAAAACUCUGAUGACAUGCAAGAAGAUGAGAGAUUCUUCAUUUCCACAACCGGGAAACCGAUCUACAACCCAUCCAAUGACCUACAAAGGUUUCAUGCCAAAUACAACUUGCCCAACAUCACGAGCCAGGUAGCAGGACAAGUUUUGGAGACAAAUACCAAAGCCAGCUUCACAGACCAAGAGAAGUCCCUUGUUGCUGACUACUUGGCCCAUAAAACUGCUACAGCUGAGAAGCAUUACUGCUGGAAGACAACAGUCAAUGCCUGCAUGGGAAUGAAGCUGAUCUCCAAAGUUGCCAUGUCCAUUGAAUCUGAUAGUGAGACUGCAGGCCCCUCCUGUGCGAGCAGAAGUAGAAAAGGCGCAUUGUCCAGCAGCAAAAAGUUGGAUGAGGCACAGACCUGGAAACUCUUCUAUGAACACUUCCCUGUCACAAUUGAUGGACAAUCAAUCAAGACCAAGGACAGACGACUGAUAGCAGGAACGCAUGAGAGAUACUGCUAUGACAAGUGGAGAAGCCAGCAAGAGAAAAUGAGACGGGAUAAUGUGAUCGCGCACUUCCCCAGAAGAGAACCCACAGCAAGUCAAGUAGAGAGAUACAUUGAAAGGCAGAACUGGGAGAAGAACAAAGUGAAAGUGAAGAAUGUCCUUUAUUACUGGCAACCUUCAAUUAACACUGACGCACCAAAAUACAACCAGGCAAUUAUGACGCUGGUGAAGUCCCAGAAGUGGAAAGGACUGGACAUUGCCAGUGACCCUGAUAAAGGAAAAAAGGUCAUGACAACACGUCCAUUUGCUAAAGGGGAAGUUGUCUGUGACUUCCACGGUCUCCCACUCUCAGGGAAGCAGGGGAAAGAAUUGUUGGAAGCAACAGAGAACGACGAGAUGGGGUUCCUUUACUUCUACAAGGAUUCAUCAGGGAAAACCUACUGCAUAGAUGCAAAGACUGUGCCCUGCCCUUGCCACCCAGAGAUGGACACAAUUGGACGUAGGAUAAAUCAUUCCAGAAAGAGUAGCAACAUAAAGAGUCAGCUUCAGCAAUUAGAAGAGGAUGGCAAAGUGUGGAACAUCAUCCUUUUCAUUGCCCUACGAGACAUUCAGGAGCAACAAGAACUGUUAUUUGACUAUGGGGUGUCAAGAAUAUCUUUUGGUGGAGAAGAUUUGGAACGGCUUGACAACUAGGUCCGUCAGCUUGAAAUCUGAUAGGCCUCAAAACAACCCCCCUUGGGUUGUGUGGCGGAGAUAAGAGAGUGACCUUUGGAGGUAAUCUUCUCAGCCUGUCAACAUUUCGUUAUUUUCUGUUGGAGAAGGGAGGGGCAGUUCAGUGAGCUGGAGCCUUUAAUUGCCCUGCCUCUGGGAGCCUGUCAGAUAUGGUCACUGCAUGUGUGGGGGUGGGACAAAAGGGCUAUCUAAGGCAUGUUGGGCAGGGCUGGGGCUCUACAGUGAAAUAACACAAUAAUAACUAACCUUAACAGCAAUAGACAAGGCAUAUUGCCAUUAGGGAGAGGCACGUGUAGCCGAGUGAUCAUAGGGUCCAAUGAGCAGCAAUAGGUGAGUCAGGGAGCCGAUUCAGUAGUUGCUACUACGCUAGGCGGGCUGGAGACACAGUGAUUCAGAGAGCUAGCGGGCCGGGGCGAUGUCGGACGAUUACGUCAGACCCGUUGUGAUAGAUCGGCCAGGCCAUUUGGCAAAAUAGGUUUUGUAGCCCAAAAAAUACAGUGGGGCAAAAAAGUAUUUAGUCAUCCACCAAUUGUGCAAGUUCUCCCACUUAAAAAGAUGAGAGGCCUGUAAUUUUCAUCAUAGUUACACUUUAACUAUGACAGACAAAAUUAGAAAAAAAUCCAGAAAAUCACAUUGUAGGACUUUUUAAUGAAUUUAUUUGCAAAUUAUGGUGGAAAAUAAGUAUUUAGUUGAAGUGUACCUAUGAUGAAAAUAGUGUGUAAUUGAUAUUUAACUUCACAUUGACUUAAAAUUCAUCAGAAUUCAUCAAAUUCAUCAGAGAACAUACACAGUGCUCCCAUUGUCUUAUAUUGUUGACUGAUAAUGAUUUCCUGUUUUUACCAUAUGAUAUGUGUGUUUAUCUGGGUGUCUUUCCUCCAGCACUACAGAUAACUGGCAACCUAAAUCCAAUGACAGGUGACAUUUUGUGUUGAUUUCAUGUUGAAUUCACUUUAGUUGAUGAGUCAAAGAAAUGGAAAUAGAAACUAGAUGUUCACUGUCUUUAGAUAUUUUUGUCAGAUGUUACUAUGGAAUACAGAAGUAAAAUU